ACUAGUAACCUGUGUUGUCUGUUGUUGACAAAGGUGUUACGCAGUUCACAGUUUUUUAAUUUAGCGACGUAAAAAUAAUUUUCAAGAACUUCCAUUUAAUACUUUCUAUACGAGGAAAUAUACUGCAAUAAGUAAAAAUGUAUUCCUAAAAUUUUAAACGCAUAAUCAUUCCAACGAUAGUAAUAUUUUAUAAAUAGGACAGCAGACUGAACCAAAUACGUGCUUUCUCUUUAAUUUUGUGUCAAUUCAAACCAAAUUUAAAAUAAGAUUGCAAGUUAAGCAUUUCAGUUUUACAAGAAGUAAGUACGUCAAAGUGUGUCGACGACUACUACGGUUUCUCAACCGCCGCUAUAAAAAGCACAAAAAAAUCGUUACGAUGUCGGAGGUGCUCGGUGCAGUCGCUGCAGUGCUGGUUUUGGCGGUUUACUUGGGUGUAUUGAAAACUAUCUUGAUUUUGCUAUGUGGCUUAGUUUACUAUGCUGCAUUCUACAAGAGAAAAUGGAUCAUAGUAGCUAUCAAGACAGCACCCAGAGAUAUAAGAGCUUUGUAUAGCUACUUCAAAAUAUUGAUGAAAUCUCGAACAUUAGCCCGAAGAAAUUUGUCAAUACCUGAUGCGUUUCAUGAAACUGUGGAGAAACAUCCCAAUAAAGCAUGUUUUCUGUUUCAAGAUGAACUUUGGACGUUCAAAGAGGUGGAGGAGUACAGCCUGCGCGUGACCGCGGCGAUGAAGGCUCAGGGUGUGACGAAGGGCGACAUAGUCGGCCUGCUAGUGAACAACUCGCCCCAGCUGCCGGCGCUGUGGCUCGGUAACGCCCGCCUCGGCGCCAUCACUCCGCUCAUCAACACCAACCAACGAGGCAGCGCCCUGAUUCACUCUAUCAACGUCGCCCAAUGUAACGUCCUCGUUUAUUCCGAGGAGUAUGAAUCAGCUAUAAAGGAUGUAAUGGAUGAGCUGAGUCCCAAGUUAAAGAUAUUCAAGUUCACCCACCGCCGGCUUAACCCGUCGAGUGCGGAGUAUCAAGCGAGCGGUGACAGCGCCGGCAACUUGACGGACCUGCUGGACGCGACUCCUCCCGGGCCUUGGAAGAUGGCGGACGGCGACGGAUUCUCCGGCAAACUGCUCUAUAUCUACACAUCCGGAACCACGGGCCUCCCCAAAGCGGCUGUUAUUAGUAACUCCAGGUUCAUGUUCAUGGCUGCCGCCAUCCACUACAUGUGCCUGCGGCCGGACGACGUAGUGUACUGCCCGCUGCCGCUGUACCACACGGCCGGCGGCGUCAUCAGCGUCGGCCAGGCGCUGCUGUUCGGCUGCACCGUCAUCAUCAAGCCCAAAUUCUCCGCCUCGCAGUACUUCCCCGACUGUGUCAAGUACGGCGCCACGGCAGCCCACUACAUCGGCGAGAUGUGUCGGUACAUUCUGGCGACGAAGCCCUCCCCCGCAGACACGCAGCACAAAGUUCGCGUCAUAUACGGAAACGGACUUAGACCGCAGAUAUGGAACGAGUUUGUGGCAAGAUUCAACAUCAAGAUGGUCGCAGAGUUCUACGGCGCUACGGAGGGCAAUGCUAAUAUCGUGAACACGGAUGGCACGCCCGGCGCGAUCGGUUUCGUGUCGCGCAUCAUCCCGCAAGUCUACCCCAUCGCCAUUAUCAAGGUCAACCCCGAGACCGGAGACCCCAUACGGAACGCGGUUGGACUGUGCGAGCUGGCGAACCCGGACGAGCCGGGCGCGUUCAUCGGCAAGAUAUUACCCGACAACCCGGCGCGCGAGUACCUCGGCUACGUCGACAAGGCCGCCUCGGAGAAGAAGAUCGUACGCAACGUGUUCGCGCACGGAGACUCCGCCUUUAUAUCCGGCGACAUCCUGGUGGCGGACGAGCUGGGCUACCUGUACUUCCGCGACCGCACCGGCGACACGUACCGCUGGCGCGGGGAGAAUGUCAGCACCAGCGAGGUCGAAGCCGCCAUCUCACGAGUCGCCGACCAUAGAGACGCCGUUGUCUAUGGCGUUGAGGUGGCGAACUGCGAGGGUCGCGCGGGCAUGUGCGGCAUCGUGGACGCGGACGGUACGCUCGACCUGCGGAGGCUGGCGUCGCUACUGGAACGGGACCUGCCCGUGUACGCGCGCCCCGUGUUCCUGCGCGUUAUGGCUAACGUUGACCUCACUGGUACAUUCAAGAUGAAAAAGACUGAUCUACAGAAGGAGGGUUACAAUCCGAGCUUAGCUAAGAACGACAAGCUGUACUAUUUGGACCUGAAGCAGGGGUUGUAUCUGCCGCUCGGCGUCGAGGAGUACGACAAGAUCAUGAACGGACAGAUCCGACUGUGAUAGUGUUAUGUUUGUACGAACAUCUUCGAAUUCAUGUUAUGUGACAGAAGUUUGGAGUUUGAACGUGUCGAAACCGACGUGGCGUUAGGUAAACCUUUUAAUUUUUAACUAUACUAAAGUAAUAAACAAUUAAAAAUCUAUAAUGAAGAUCUUAGUUCUAGCGGAAAAAAUGUAAUAGAUAAGUUUCAUUUUUUUGGCCAUCAGACGCCGUGUAUGUCAAAUGCAAACCGCUAAAUAUUAAAAGUCCACAAUAGAAUCUCUACGAAUAAUUUAUAUUAAUUAACGGUUAUGGGUAGAUCUGGUACUUACUAGUUUAAGUACUGCCGAGCACUAACAUAGAGACGCGCAAUAAAUCAGUCGAUGUACAGAAAUUUGGAAACAAAAUUAACAUAGCAGCGCUAUAUGAAUUUUGAAGCAAUAUGCUUAUUAU